UUGGGUUUUUUUGUUUUGUUUUGCUUUUUUUCGGAUCGCGCGCGCUCCGAGCGGCCGCGCCGAGGCGGGGAAGGAAGAUGUCAAACGUGCGGGUGCCCAACGGGAGCCCGAGCCUGGAGCGGAUGGACGGCCGGGCGGCCGAGUACCCCAAGCCGUCGGCCUGCAGGAACCUCUUCGGCCCGGUCAAUCACGAAGAGUUAACCCGGGACUUGGAGAAGCACUGCCGAGACAUGGAGGAGGCGAGCCAGCGCAAGUGGAAUUUCGAUUUCCAGAACCACAAGCCCCUGGAGGGCAAGUACGAGUGGCAGGAGGUGGAGAAGAGCAGCUUGCCCGAGUUCUACUACAGACCCCCGCGCCCCCCGAAGGGCGCCUGCAAGGUGCCGGCGCCGGAGAGCCAGGGUGUCAGCGGGCAUCGCCAGCCGGUGCCUUUAAUGGGGUCCCAGGCAAACUCAGAGGACACGCAUUUGGGGGAGCAGAAGAGCGAUGCUGCGGACAGCCAGACGGGGCUCGCCGAGCAGUGCAGGAAGCGACCUGCGGCGGAAGAUUCCAGUGCUCAAAACAAAAGAGCCAACAGAACAGAAGAAAACGUUCCCGACGGUUCCCCCAACGGCGGCUCCGUGGAGCAGACGCCCAAGAAGCCGGGGAUGCGAAGACGCCAGACGUAAAGCCAACGGUUAGUUGGACCAGAGACACUUUUCCU